ACCGCAAACAAUUUUGAAAGAGGAGGUAUCUCGUUGAAAAAAAAUAAAAAUAAAAAUAAAAAAACCAAGAGUGGUAUCCGAUAUAUACCCAAUAUGUCCGAAGACCAAGAUUUAUUGUCCAAAAUCAGCCAGCUUGCUGGCCAGAUCAAUCGACACAAGAACCAAUCCACACAAGGCCAGAACGAGUUCGCCCCAGCUCCCUACGCGACGCGCCAUGACACCUCUCGCUGGGCACCGUAUCGAGGACGACCCUACGCGCCGCGGGGACGACCUGCACCCCAUCGUCACCGGACCUUGGUCUUGAAUAACACGGCGGGGCCAGGACAAUCCUCUGGCUCGACUCCCGCAUCUACACCUGGUGCUCCUGCGACAGAGAACAACGAGGCACCGACAUCGACGUCCAACGGAUGGGUUGCGAAACGCGAUCGCCAUAUGCAACUGAUCAACUCGGCCGUCUACGACAAGGAAGCGCAGACGAGGGCGAAAGCGAUGGAGGAUACCCGCAAGGCAAAGGCGCAGAAAAAGACCCAGGUCGAACAGGCCAAGGUGCUCAGCUACGCUCAGGGUGUUGGAAGACAGUUCCCGCCUCCGACUGUUGCUGCUGCGCCGGCCGCUGCUGCUCAUCCAGCGGGGUAUCAGCUUUUCUUCAAUGAUAUUCCGUUUAGGAUAGCAAGAGGCGGAAGCAAAUUGAUCCGCAUGUCCAAUGAUCCGAAUACCGCCAACAAUACGCCGAAGAGAGUCUCCGUUGCGGGUGUCACGUUUGUCCGGAGCAAGAAUGGAAAUCUUCAUCGACUUGGUGCGGUGACUUCGAAAAGGAACCCCACGACGGUCAAGAAGAAGAAUGAACUUUGCAAGAGAUUUACUACGACGGGUACCUGCUACAAAGGGCCGUCGUGCUUCUAUAUCCACGAUCCAAACAAAGUCGCUAUUUGCAAAGAAUUCCUGCAUGGAAAAUGCAGCGCAGGUAUUGAUUGCGAUCUUUCCCAUCAACCAUCGCCCCACAGAUCCCCUACUUGUCUGCACUUCCUUCGGGGUCGCUGCGCGAACCCGGAGUGCCCGUAUGCUCACGUCCGGGUGACGCCUGGCGCACCUGUCUGCAGGAAUUUCGCAAAUCUGGGCUACUGUGAGAAGGGGGCGGACUGCGAAGAGCGCCACGUGAACGAGUGUCCCGAUUACGCCAACACUGGAGUUUGCAACAGGAAACAUUGCCGUCUGCCUCAUGUGGACCGGGCGGGUCAAAUGAAGAAUGCAGCCAUCAGAGCGGAAGGGCCCCAGGAUGAUGAGUCCGAUGCCUCCAGUGAGGAAGAAGAAUACGACGAGAUCGACUCUGAUGACGUCGACUCAGGCGAUGAAGAUCCGGAAUUCAUCGAGGGCGUCGACACUGGCGAGCUUUCGCAGCAGCAGGAUUUUGUCCAUUUUUAGUUCUUACUGCAUACUAACUGUAGAUACGUCUCUGUACGAUGGACCCGGGCCGGUGCCACGACAUGUAUACCCGAUGGAGGCGGAUACCCACCACGUUGCAACGAGCUGCAUGAACAUUGGAAGUUGCUUGGGAGCGUUUAUUGGUUUUGUUAUGUAUCCGUAUCGAUACCUUUUUUAUUGAUUAGGUAGCGUAUUGAAUGGGUCGUUCAUUUGUUGCAUUGCUUUGAUUGUUUGAGCACGUUUGUCUGUAGUCCAG